AUGGCAAAAGUCAUCACUCCAGUGCAAGCACCUUUCGUUUUUGCUGUCUUUGUAAACAUGUCGCGGAGAAGAAUUGCACAAGAAACCUUUGAUGCUGCUGUGAGGGAAAACAUGGAGGAGUUUGAGAUGGGUCCUGCUGAGGCUGUCAGUGAAGCUGUGGAACAGUUUGAGUCUCAAGGUGUGGAUCUUAGCUGUAUAGUCAAGGCCGUACCAACAGGAUCAUGUGAUGACCAACAAGAGAACCAUCAAGUGUUAUUGGCACUGGAGGCCAUCCGAAUUGGAAAUGGCAUGACGAUUUUAUCAGAUAUCAGGCAGUUCACUGAGCAGUGUUCAUUUGGCUUUGCACAGAGAGUUGCCUUUGGACAGGCUCAUGAACAUGCCAAGAUGAUUGUCCUGGAACAUAAUGGACUUAAGGUUGUGAUAGAUGCUGCAAAAGCUCAUCUCAGUAAUACAUCUGUACUGAGUGAAGUCUGUGCAACUUUGUCUCGUCUAGCUGUAAGAAAUGAGUUUUGUCAAGAUAUAUGUGACUUGGGAGGAUUGAAACUCAUCAUGACAUUGCUGGUUGAGAAUUAUGAAUCACAGGAAUUGGUCCGACAAGUCCUAAGUGCCAUACGUGCAAUUGCAGGAAAUGAUGAUGUGAAGGAUGCAGUUGCUGCUGCUGGUGGAGUGCAACUUAUAGUCAUUGUUAUGAAUAAACACAUAACCAAUGCAUCUGUUUGCGAGCAAGGUUGCGCAUGCCUGUCUGUGCUAGCUCUGCGUAAACCUAACAACUGCAAAGUUAUAAUGGAAGAGGGUGGAACUAUGGCUGCUGUGCAAGCUAUGAAGACCCAUCCUAAUGCAGUUAAUGUGCAGAAACAAGCAUGCAUGCUGCUGAGAAAUGUUGUUUCUCGAACACAAACCUAUAGCCAGUUAAUCCUAGAGAUGGGAGCCGAAUCCCUCAUUGCAUCAGCCUUACAGAACCACCAGGACUGCAGUGAUGUUGCAAAAGCAGCACUCCGAGAUUUGGGAUGCCAAGUGGAGCUGCGGGAGCUGUGGACUGGGAAACACGGUGGCAUUACCAACUGA